AUUCGAAACCGAUUUUCUUAGCUGAUCUAUUUGUUGCCAUCAAAAAAGACAUGCAGUUCAUCCUUGUCAUCCUCGGCUUCGUUUACUUCCAGCCGCUGAAUGCUUUCAUCAACAUGGCCGACGUCGAUUGCGGCAUAUCGAAGUUCAGGAACGGACGGAUCGUCAAUGGCAUCGACGCCGUCGAAGGAGAAUUCCCUUGGAUGGUGUCGCUGAAGCUGCUGCGCGGCCAGACUGGCGAGCAUUUUUGCGGUGGCGCCCUGAUCAACAAGCGCUGGAUUCUAACAGCAGCCCAUUGCGUCCUUAAUCGGCGAGCAGCGCAGAUGCAAGUGAGCGUGGCCGAGCACAAUCUGCUGGGCGCCGAUAGCCAGAGGACGAAGUUAUACCGGGUCCAACAGAUCGUCAUGUAUCCGUCGUACGUGUCUCGUCAGUUGGCCGACGACAUCGCCCUCAUCAAUCUCGACCAACAAGUGCAGUGGAGCGACCGUAUCCAACCGGCUUGUCUUCCUAAUCCAGAUAAAGAUUCAUUCGCCGGUCUGCUGGCGACCGUGUCCGGUUGGGGCUGGACCGACGAGGUCAAAAACGGUGGUAAAAGGGCCAAUACGCUGCAGAAGGUCGAUGUUCCCAUUUUGGCUAAUGCGGAAUGUCAGCAGUGGUACAAGGACGAAAAAAAAUCGUUGACCAUCGUCAGCACGGCCUUGUGCGCCGGUCUUGAAAAUGGCGGCAAAGAUUCUUGUCAGGGUGACAGUGGCGGGCCGUUGAUGAUUAAAAAAGACGGACGUCAUCAGGUAGUUGGUGUAGUCAGUGCCGGAAUCGGUUGCGCUCGUCCUCGUUUACCCGGCCUUUAUACGCGUGUUAAUAAUUACUUAGAUUGGAUCGCUCGCACGGUCCGCAUGUAACAGAAGCAACGAUUAACCCCCUUGU